AUGGACUUGAUGAAUGGCAUUUUUAGGCCAUAUUUGGAUUCCUUUGUCAUAGUUAUCAUCUACGAUAUCUUGGUGUAUUCGAAGAGAAGAGAGGAGCAUGAGCAUCAUUUGAGGAUUGUCCUUAGGUUAUUGAGAGAGAAAGAGCUUUAUGCCAAGUUUUCGAAAUAUGGGUUCUGGCUUGAUUCUGUGUCAUUCUUGGGCCACGUGGUGUCAAAAGACGGGAUCAUGGUUGAUCCCAAGAAGAUUGAGGCCGUUAGGGAUUGGACAAGGCCCACUUCAGUAACUGAGAUUCGUAGCUUCAUGGGUUUGGCUAGUUACUACCAUUCAGGGAGAGUUUUAGAAUGUGUUAAGGCAAGGUCAUCUCUCUUGGAGCAGAUCAGGGAUAAGCAAUUUGAUAAUACAAAGUUAUGUAAAAUCCGUGAUAAGGUUUUGAGAGGUGAGGCCAAGGGGGUCGUGCUUGAUGAUGAGGGGAUUUUGAGGAUCAAGGGACGCUCAUGUAGGUGGUCUGAUUCACUUGAUAUUGGAGAAUGCUCAUAG